AUGUCGCUCACAGUCACACCAGCGCCACUUCAUGUUGUACACUGAGGAAGAUAUCUAUAGUAGACGUAGACUAAUUUUGCCUUUAAUAUCACUAAAUUGCAUGCCUGAAUGACCUCAUCCUGAUUCCUUGUUUCACCGAAAAGAUACGCCAAUUAUGUCAUCGAUAUGCUUUAGAAGCGCCAGUGUGAAAGUUGAAAUGUUCGGAGUUUUCAUCUUGAGGGAAUCGUUGAAGAGGUCAUCGUUUGUCCGCCAAGCUCACCCGGCAGUUCGGGGGACAACUCGGAGAAGUUUCGCUUGCAGUAGCAGUAGCAGACGACAGCUGAAUGAGCCCCUCAGUGGAGCAAAGUUCCCGCGCGUUGGAGGAAUUAGCACAAUGAUGAGACUACCUCAUCAAACAGAUACUAUAGGUUUAGAUGCCUGUUAUGUUGGAGUGCCUUUGGAUAUUGGGACGUCCUACCGAUCUGGAACCAGACUUGGCCCUCGCCAGAUCCGCUACGAGUCAUUUGUUCUUGGACCAUGCAAUUAUACAGGUGCUGCCCCAUUUGAGUCACUUCAGGUUGCUGACAUCGGGGAUGUGACCCUUAACCUCUACGACCUGAAGAAAUCUGUCGAGAUGAUUCGAGAGCAGUAUGCCACCAUCGUUGCUAAUGGAUGCAAGCCCCUGACUCUAGGAGGGGACCACACUCUUACAUACCCCAUCCUUCAAGCAAUUAAGGAGAAGUAUGGUCCGGUCGGUCUCGUUCACAUCGAUGCCCAUGAUGAUGUCGCCGACACUAUGUUAGGGGAGAAGGUCACUCACGGUACCCCUUUCCGUCGGGCAGCGGAAGAGGGGUGUCUGGAUCCGAAGAGGGUCAUUCAGAUUGGAUUGAGGGGGUCAAAUUACAGCCCCCCAAACGACCUCUACGAAUACCAAAAAGAGAUGGGUUUCCAGGUUGUACCCGCCCAUCGGUGUUGGCAUAAAUCUAUGGAACCAUUGAUGGAGAAAGUCAGAAACAUGAUGGGAGAUGGUCCGGUCUAUCUGUCCUUCGACAUUGAUUCCAUAGACCCUGGACUAGCACCAGGAACAGGUACUCCAGAAAUAGCUGGUCUGACAACGGUUCAGGCAUUGGAGAUAGUGAGAGGAUGCAAAGGCCUGAAUUUAGUCGGAGCUGAUCUGGUAGAGGUGUCACCACCCUACGAUCCAAUGGGAACGACUGCCCUCAUCGGAGCUAAUCUUCUCUUUGAAAUGCUGUGUGUACUCCCCGGUGUGAAAUACUAUGAAAUGGAGGAUUUCAUAUGAAUUAGGGUUCUGGGACACCUAC